CUCCUCUGCACUCCCCGCCCUCCACGCCCCCUCGCGCUCAUCAGGGGGUACCUCAGGCGUAAUUCCUCGGCCGCCCACCCCACCAACAUAUACCCCUCCCACUUCAGCGUAACACCGCAACAUCAGCCUCUCCCAUCGCGCUCUUUUCCUUCUCCCGAAACAAUCCCUCAGCCAUGGUAUACGAUCCAAUCCGGGACUGUGAUGUUCCUUCGCCCUCAAUACAGCACUCAAGAAGAUAUCCUGUCUCCAAUUACGCUCAGCCAACGUUGUCAGAUCGAGACAGAGAGCUCGGCGAACCAUCCUCUACCCACCAUCCAUAUCCUUCGCACUCGAGGGCUAUAUCAUCCUCCAGCGCAACAUCGCACUCCCCACCGCCUCCAGUCCAAAGAAUACCUUCCAGCUCGGGCAGUCUGAGAGGAUUGCUGAACGACCCAGAGCCCGAGGUCCCCAGACGCGCCAGCGAAAGAACGAGUCUUUCGUCAGCUGGUGGUGACACCGAGUCUCACAAACCGAAAUUGAAAAAUCUACUCAACGACGACCCCCCUGUCCCUACCAGCGCCUCUACCCAUUCUGGCGGCAGCCUCGUGAGCGGCUCGCUAUCCCCCAAGCGGGCUGAAUCGAGGGCCGACUCGAGCGGUUUCCUGGCUCCCGCCACGCCGGCAUCUGCCGUCCCUGGUUAUCCCAGCCGACUCAGUAUCAGUCGAUCUCCUUUACUGCAUACGAGUCCUCCUACCCAUCAUAUCCCAACCCCUUCCCAUGAAAGCCCGGUAUACUCUGCGGGGUCCGGGGAGCCUCGGCCAGGCAGUAUGUUACCCCCUCUGCAGCCUCAUCAUCCACAUGCCGAAUACGAGGAAAGGCGUACAUCUGGUAGCUCAUUCCCUGGUGCUUCCAUUACUGCAAGGUCACCGUCAAUUAGUGUCUCUCCGCGAAGCCAGCAUCAAGCCCUUCCUCAUUCCACCUCCCGACCAGGGUCUGCUCAAAGCGCAAGAGAACCUUACACGUACUCUCACCAACCGAUCCAUCUCAGUAGACAAAACACAUUGUCGCCAGUCAUCUCUAGCAGAAGAUUGUCGGAGGAACAGAGGCCGACGUCGUCGAGCUCAGGCGCAGGCAGAAGACAUACAGAGCCCGUGGCGCAGAGUCCGGUGGGUAUGACCCAGCCUCCGCCAAACUCUGUGCCGUCGGCGUACCAGCCGAGGCAUCAGUCUACGCCUGGUUCAUACCCUCCCCCACGCGUCACGCCUCAGCCUUUCUCUCCCUCUCCAUCUCCUUAUACACAUCACGCUGUCGUCCCACCCCCUCGCUCGAAGCCUUACCACCCUGAUCGACCCACUCGUGUGAUCUAUGCCGACGAGAUCGACCAUCUCAGACAAUUGGCUCGCAAUAACAAUCCUCUGCGUCGUAAAUUUGGACACGCACCCUCUGCCAGUCGGAGUGCGAGCCGAGCUCCCGAGCCCACGCCUACACCCCGUAGGAGCUUGCCAUACGAGAGCGACACUUCGUACUUUCCUCCGCAAAGCGCGCAAUCGGCGGGCUAUCCUCCUCAGCAGCAUCAGUGGGACGAUAGAAGUGCUGUCUCGGCUUCGGGUGGGUCGAUAAACACUCCCACGCCUGGUGGACAUGGCCAUGGAUACCCGCCUAAUUGGGAAGACCAAGCUGCCAGUGGCUCUUUACAGAAAGGCAGAGGGGACAAUGGGAAUGGAUAUGGGUAUGGACACGAGAAGGGGUAUCGGCAGCAGAAUCUAGGAUAUGAUCAGGAGACGCACCAUGGCACGAAACGCGGCAGGGAAGACGAGGUGGAGAAUUACCCUUCAAAGAAGGCUGUCUCGAACUAUCAAGCGAGACAGGCGCAUAGCAAGAAGGUGGCACAAGUUGCAAACUUUUACAAUUCUCGGCCAGACGUUGGGGUCGAGCGACGUGAAUUCUCUCCCAUCAUUGGUCUCAAAAAGUUCAACAACUGGAUCAAGUCGGUGCUCAUUGGCAAGUUUGCUCAUCGUCCAAGAGGCAAAGUACUGGAUGUCGGGUGUGGAAAAGGCGGUGAUCUGAACAAGUGGAAACAGGCGAGGAUCGCUCUAUACGUUGGAAUUGAUCUGGCAGAGCAGUCUGUGGACCAAGCUGCGGACAGAUACCAACGACUGAAAAAUGCUUUCCAAGGUUAUUUCUACGCCCAUGACUGUUUCUCCAACCCACUCAGCGAUGUCCUAGGCCCGGAACUCCGAACCCGAGACCUCUACGACAACGUCACCAUGCAAUUCUGCAUGCAUUACGCCUUCGAGAAUGCCGCCAAAGCCAGGAUGAUGAUCGAAAACGUAUCAAUGUAUCUCAGACCUGGCGGCAUCUUCAUUGGGACCAUCCCCAAUUCCGAGUUACUCUUGGAAAGAUUAGAGGAAUUGCCUGAAGAUGACGAACAAUUGACCUUUGGAAACUCGUGUUAUUCCGUACAGUUCUCGCAAAGGCAUCACACAGGCGUCUAUGGACAUGAGUACAGGUUCUAUCUGGAGGAUGCAGUGGAGGAUGUGCCAGAGUAUCUGGUUCAUUGGGAAAGCUUUGAGUCAUUGGCCGCAGAAUACAAUCUUCGGUUGAUUUACAAGAAAGAGUUCCACGAAAUCCUGUCUGAAGAGAAGGAUUCGAGAGAUUUCGGGCCACUGCUUGGGAAAAUGGGCGUGUUGAAUGAAUAUGGAGAGAGUGCGAUGGAUGGAGAUCAGUGGGAGGCUGCCAACUUGUAUAUGGGCUUCGCUUUUGAGAAGCUGUAAAUCGACACGUAGAGAGAAUUCUCUGCGUCUCUUUACUUCUGUAACAACUACCACAGCCUUGCCAUCAUGACGGCCUCUUUCCGUGCCAAUAGUCAUAUCACUUCUUUUCGUUUUUCUUUUGGGCACUUGACGCCUUCAUCCUUCUCUGGGAUGUCUGGCUGUUCAUGUAAUUCUAGUAUCCACCUUCCUCUUCUUCCGGCUGGGGCUUCACCUCUCUGGAUACCUUGUACAUACAAGUAUAGUCUGCAUCACACAGGCACAGCAACAGCUGUUACGUGGCGAUGCAAAACAAAACACUCGCGAUUUCAUCCUAGAUGGUGUCACUUCACAACUGAAGAUAUAGGGCUCUCCUUGUGACGGCAUCGAGCAACAAUAGCACGUCUCACUGAAUGAUAUGUGGCAGUUUGAUGUUGUCUCAAAAGAAUAGCCGGGUUGGAGUUACGUUAAGCCAGAAACCUUUUGUUUGUUCUCCAUUACCCAUUGUGUUGCGCUGACGCCCACACAGGUUGAGACCAGCACCGUCAUAUUUGAACCGGACAGACGUGCCGAACAGAAGAGUUCUGUCAAUUGAGGCUGGGCGGAAGAUGAAUUUUGGAAGUGUUUCCGCCGACAUCAAGGAGGAGGCUCCAACACCUGAACUCGCGGAGCCCAUUAUCAGCAUUGAGAUGUUUGCGCGCUCGUGUGCAAGCGAUGACCUUGUUGUACAUCCUGGCCGCUAGUCUGUAUUCAGUUUAGUUUAAUGACUGCUUUCUUCAGAUCGAUUCACUCUCCUUUCCAUAUUUACAAUAUGCACAAGUAUACUCGAGUACCGUCACCCGCAUUAAACAUAGAGUAGAGGCGAAAUGGAAGCAGG